CUGCCCACGCCUUCUUCCCCUAGCCCCAAACCCUCCCAAAAGUCCCAACCCGGCGAAGCCGCACCACGCGAUGCCUUCCUCCUCUCGCGGCCUCCAGGAGGCGCCUGUGGCGGCGGAGGAGGCGAGGAACUGGGCGGACAUGCCACUGGACUCGAUCUUGGCCGUCCUCCACAAGCUCGACCACAUCGACAUCCUGAUGGCGGCGGACCAGGUGUGCCGCUCCUGGCGCCGCGCCGCGCGGGACGAGCCGGAGCUGUGGCGCCGCAUCGUCAUGCGCGGGAACGCCGAGCUCUCCCCCAAGCUCAUCCGCCAGGGGAUGGCCUGCGAGGCCGUCCGCCGCAGCGCGGGGCAGUGCGAGGCCUUCUGCGGCGAGCACGCCGCCGACGAUGGCUUCCUCCUCUACCUCAGCGAGCAGGCUCCCUGUUUGAAGAGUCUUCGCCUCAUCUCUUGCUCGGGUGUCUCAAAGGAAGGAUUUGAAGAUAUAAUAAAGGGGUUUCCUCUCCUCGAAGAGCUCGAGCUAUCGCUGCAUCACAAUCAACAUCAGAGGGUGUACAAGGUUAUUGUAGAAGCAUGCCCCCAGCUGAAGCAUUUCCGACUGAACAAACAAUACUUCAAUGGGCAACAAUGGACAUGGCAAAAGGACAUGGAUGCCCUAGGGAUCGCAACGAUGCACGAACUACGCUCAGUACAGCUCUUUGCCAACAGCCUGACCAACAAAGGGCUCGCCACCAUCUUGGAUAACUGUCCGCACCUUGAGUCGCUGGACAUACGCCAUUGCUUCAAUGUCGACAUAGACAACGACGACGAUGGCCCGCUGCUGCGAGGGAACUGCGCCGGGAUCGGUAUGCUGCGGCUUCCUCAUGACUCGACCCAUGACUACGACCUCGAGGUUGGAAGCCCUAGGUUUGCUUCUGAAUACCAAUAUGAAUAUCUUGACUGGUGCAGCAGCCCGGACGUGGACAGGUAUUGGAUAGGAGAGGAAUCAGAGGAUGACAACGACGAUUAUUACUCUGGUUCUUCUCUCUUCGAGGCCGACCUCGACAAAUAUGAGACGGUGCUUCCGAGGAGGUUGCGUAAGUGAGGAAAGCAUCUUCGUGCAUGCUCUGGUCCAAUGUAUCAAUUUUCUCAGCAUAUGAUCAAACUGCGAGUUUUCGGUGGGAUAGACCAAAAUUUUCUACUCAAAAUGUGGAAACACUUCUGAACAUGUGAAUAAAUCACCAAAAAUUUCCAAUAUUUGGAUGUUCCCUUAC